CGUUUUUGGUAAAGCAAAUUAAAUAGGCAUAUUAUGAAUCUUGGAGAACAUUCUAGUUAUCAUUCUGUUCCUCUCUCGUCUUCAUUUCAUAGAAAGAUAAAGCUUCGCAAACUAAGGAAGUCCGUUAAUGCUGUGCUCCCGGUUGUGCGUUUACUAAAGUCAAUGAGGCGGCUUUGCGUUGAUCCAGCUGCUGUAGAGAUUUCAACGGACCCAAGAAAAUCGCAGAUUCUAUGUGAUGAGUAUGAAUAUCCAGGGCAUUUAAAAUUAAAGUUUUCGAACAACGUAAGUGGUCCAAUAUAUACUGGGGUCCCGAUAGGAGAUCAAGAGGGAAGAAGCUUAGAUGUACAUUUAAUUGACUCCCGUACGGAGAAAAUUAUCAAUUCCGGGCCAGAAGCAUCAGGAAAGGUGGAAAUAGUUGUUCUUGAGAAAGAUUUUACAAGUUGUGGUGGCGAUAAAUCGCUGAUUCGUGGAAAUCCUCAAGUCAGCUUGAAGGAUGGGAGUGUUUGUGUAAGUCAUAUUUCAUUCAAACAUUCUAGAGUAUCUAUGAAAAAACGUGAGUUGAGACUAGGUGCGAGAGUUAUGAAUCCCUACAAUAUUGGGAAUAGAAUUAUGGAAGCAGUCACUGAACCAUUCUUUGUCAAGGAUCGCCGUUCAAUGGGAAAGAGCCUGAAGCCACUAUAUCUUGAUGAUCAAGUUUGGAAACUGCAAACGAUUGGCAAAGGCGGCGCUUUUCAUAAUCGUUUGAUGAAGGAAAACAUUAUAACAGUCAAGGACUUGUUAACUCACUACUUUUUGAACCGUGAAAACCUACUCAAUAUCCUUGGCAGGCGUUUGAACAUGAAGAAAUUAGAUGCAGCAGUAAAUCAGGCAAAGGGUAAACUUGACUUGAAAAGAUACGUGUGUCCUCAGGAAAAUCCACGAGUGGUAUUUACUGAUGUGGGAGAAUUGAUUGGACUACUCUAUCAAGAGGGUCAGUUCGUGUCUGUGGAACAGCUCACCCCAACUCAAAAGGAUAUUGGGAUGGAAGUGGUAAAAACAGCCUUUCAAGAUGGCCACCAGAAUUCCAAGGUUUUAUUGGAUGAUGAUAGUUUUCAAAUGCUUUGCUCUUCCAGUUUACCAGAUACAGCGGCUGAACAGCUUGAUGGCUCCAAUAAUGGAUUCAUUUACGAGGCUUAUAAUUAUCCAACUGACACACAGCAGCUGCAACCAGAGCCUAAUAAUGAUGCUAAUUACAUGCCGAUCACAAGUUUUACUGGUGCAUUAUUACCACAUGAUCUUCUUGAUCCAGAUGACAACGACUUCAUCUACCCAGAUCUUCCCGCAAGCAUCUGGGACUCAUUAUUAGAUCAUAAUUGUUUCAUUGGUUAGUCUAUUGUAGUCAGUGGUAGAGACAUGAUUUUCAAUAAAUAGGUUCAAAAUAUGAAAAGAUAAUUUUAAUCAUAUAUAAACAAUAUAAUUUUCUACCUAAAGUAAUUUAAAUGAUCCCUGAAUCGUUACUAGUUUCACCCCUAAUUAUUCCUUAUAUUGAGUGAUGAUUAUAAAUAGACUUGAAGAUAGAUCAAGAGUCUCAUAUGGAAAGUUUGAUUGUAAGGGUAACUCUGUCAUUAUAUGGUUUUACUUUUGUUACGCCUAACUAUGAUAUAUAGAGAGAGAGA